AAACAGCCAUGAAAGAGCUACAGAGAGAUUAGAAGUUUGAGGUAGUUCUGUGUGGCAGCUGUGGUGUAUUUAUAAAAAGAGAGGAGGAAGGAGGCAGUUCACGCCAAAAGUCAAAACAGGAGUUGAGGAGGAGAAAGAGAACGAGGGGAAGAGAGUACAAACACGGAGAGCUACCAACACUGCAGCAGCAAACAAUGAAAAAGGGACAGAGAGAGAGCGAGCAGAUGAACAGACAGAUGAAGAGUUUGGAUUUUUAAAACCAGUCAGCUGGGCAAGAGGAAACAAUCGCUUCCACAUCCUUGAAAAAGAGUGAGUGAGGGAGACAGAGGAAAACAUGCCAUGAGAAGAACUGAGAGGGAUGCACAGAGGGGGGAAGAAGGGUGAGAGAGCAGGGAUACAAAAACGUCAAGGGAUCUUAAAAAGUUAACUCUUCAAAAUGUGACUGAGUGUAACAGCAACAGCUAGUACUGAUUCAGGUCAGUGGUUCCUGUUUGCUCUGUCACAGGGGAAAGAAAAGGGGAAGAAAAGCAAACAAGGACAGGCAAUAAAAAAGAAUUGGUGAUAGAAAAGGACAAGAGGAACUGUUUCAGAGCAUUUACAUGCUUUGAGGUGGAAAGUUUGUAGUACUUUGAAUAGAGGGAGUGGGGAGAGACAGAGAGGGAGACUCAAACACCAAAAAAGGUCUUGAGUCAGAGCUGGAGGAACUGCAGCCUUGACAGAUGCUGCACAGCCAUGGGGAGCCACAGGGAGGGAGCUGACUUAUAAAGACAACAGGAGAGAGACAGAGAAAGAAGUGACAGAACUAUAAGUGAGGGGAGGAAAAGGGAACAUGACCUAUUAAAAGAGGAUGUUUGCAUAGAAAACACACUCACCUAUACAGUGGUCAAGCAGAGCAGGUACAUAGAAAAGGCAGUUCAGGAGGGGAGGGGGGAGGGAUUAUAUGUUGAUGCAGAAAGAGAUCCAAAAAGUGACUGUGUGUCUGUGAGGGGUACAGCCAAAAAAAAAGAGUGUGGGUGGGCUGUUACUGUAAAUGUGAUUCUCAAGAGACCAACUAGAGCAACUGUAAACCACGGGGGAAGAGAAGAUCCAGCUUGUCUCACUGUAAAUCCAAUGCCCUAUGGACACCAGGGUUUCACUGCAACUCUAAACCAAGCGUGCACCUCACCCACUGGGCGUUAUGUCGACCAGCCCUGGCCUUGGUGCACCUGACCUGGCCGAGGGCCCCCAGUCCACAGGACCUGUUGGGCUCCAGACACUGUUGGACCUACUGGUAGGCGUCUAUCAGGAAUUCUACUCCUCACCCUUUGCAAGAGAGAAGUAUGUCUCUGGUUUUCUGCAAUGGGCUGAGCCCCUGGUGAGGCAGGUGAAGAAGACUCGCAUCAAAAGAGAAGACUUUCACAUCCUGAAGGUGAUUGGCCGAGGCACAUUCAGUGAGGUUGCUGUGGCAAAGAUGCGAAACACACAACAAGUGUACGCACUGAAGAUUAUGAAUAAGUGGGACAUGCUGAGGCGAGGAGAGACAGCAUGUUACCAGGAGGAGAGGGAGGUUUUACUGAGGGGUGACAGACGCUGGAUUACAGAAUUGCACUAUGCCUUUCAGGAUGACAACUAUCUGUAUUUGGUGAUGGACUACUAUGUAGGGGGGGACCUGCUGACUCUGCUCAGUAAAUUUGGAGACCGGAUCCCUGAAGACAUGGCUCAGUUCUACCUGGCUGAGAUGGUUAUGGCCAUUGACUCUGUCCACAGACUGGGUUAUGUACACAGAGACAUCAAACCAGAUAACAUCCUGCUGACAGCUGAUGGACACAUCAGACUAGGGGACUUUGGUUCCUGUCUGAGACUCCUAGAGGAUGGGAUGGUUCACUCAUCCCUAGCAGUCGGGACCCCUGACUAUUUGUCUCCAGAGAUUUUAAGAGCAGUAGAGGGAGGUGGAGGUUAUGGUCCUGAAUGCGACUGGUGGGCUUUGGGUAUCUGUGCCUAUGAAAUGCUGCUGGGGACCACACCCUUCUACGCAGAGUCCAUCUCUGAAACAUAUGCUAAGAUCAUCCACUUUCAGGAGUAUUUUGAGUUCCCUCUUUCUGGUCCUGACAUCUCAGACAAGGCUCAUUCCUUCAUCACUGGACUCAUCUGUGAGAGGGAAAUCCGCCUGGGGAGGAAAGGCUCCAGUGACUUCAGGAGCCAUCUGUUUUUCUCUGGUCUAGACUGGGGUUCCCUGCAUAAACUCCCUGCUCCCUUCCUACCUGAAGUAUCUAAUCCAACUGACACCUCCAACUUUGACAUUCUGGAUGACUGCCUUAGUGACAUGGAGACACUGUCUGAUGUAAUGGACAGAGCACCAAUAGGAGUACACUUGGCUUUUGUUGGAUAUUCUUACACUGCUACCAGUCAGACAGGUGCCAUCGACCGCAGUCAAGACAUCAUGAUGCAGAUUGACCAUACAAGGCUCAGACAGUGUGACAGUCUAUACACACCAGAGAAACUGAGCCAGCUGCUUCAUCUCACAGAGACUCUACCGGACGAUGUGACGGCGCUGCUGGAGCUUCCACUCUCUUUGGAACAAGGAUGUGCAGCAUCCACCCACACAACCACAGAGGAGGAGGAGACUGAUGAAAUAUCAGGACUCGAUGAAGACUUGCAACGCAGGUUACAAGAGGCAGAGAGAACAUACUGUGAGCUGGAGAAAGAAAUGGAGAGACAGAAGGGGGAGAUGCAGGACUGGAGAGCCCCCAAAGAAACAGAGCUGAGUAUCAGCCCAGAAUCUCUUGCUCUGCCUGCCCACUGUGUGGAUGCACCAGGGGAUAGGAGGAGAGCGCCCCCAGCCUGCCAUUACCCACUGGUGAUUCCUCUCCACCGUCACCUGCUCCUGUUCCACAGGGCUCACCUGCCACAGGUGAUGAGUGAGUCAUACCUGCUGGUGUGUGCAGAAGGGGGGGGGGUCCAAGCCUGGGAGAGACAUUGUUAUACUGAGCUCUCCUGAGUGUAUGUUGAGGCAGCACAUGUUGACCUCUUCCAUUACAGCAAGACAAAGGACUGAGCCCCUGCUGUAUGCUCACUCCCUGGCCCACUCUUCAACCUCCUAAACUUGCCAAGAAGACGAAAAAGCAGGACUAAAAUGCUUCUAAUGAGAACCUCUGAGCAUGUCAUUACUGUAGGAGCUUUUCAAAUUGAUGUUUUUCAACUGAUAUGAUGAAAACACAAGUCAGACUGGUAGGAGCUAAUGAGGAAGAAAUGAUGAGGACAUUUUCUGAUUUGCCUAUUUACCAGACUGAAAGUCAUGAUAGAGAUGCACUGAGUUCAGAGCACACUGAGAAAAAGACUCAUCUUACAGACAAUCCUGAAAUGAUGCACCUGAAGUUAAAAAAGGUUACUGUUCUUGAGCCAUUUUGAUUACAGUCAUCAUAACCCUGGUCUCCUUUAAAAGAUAACUUUUCAAAUUUUACCAACAUUAAGUCAGAAUGAGUAUAAGGAAUACCGAACCACAGUGACAUAAACAAGGUAGAGUUGUACUCUCUUUUUUUUUUGGUUGGUUGUUUUGUUUUUGUUUUUUGUUUUUUUUGUUUUUUUUGCUUUUUCUUGGCAUGAAAAAUGAAACAUAAGGAGAUCUUAAAAUGCUUUACACAGAGAGAAUCAGGAGACCUAGAGCUUUGAAAUGAUCUGUAAUUUGUGAAGGUUGUGUGAGUGUCUGGGACAGAUGAAAACACACCUAAAGUAGCGCUUACUCCAUGAGCAUACUAUUUUCAGGUAUUUUAAACUAUAGUGGUGCAUUUAUAGUGGCUUCAGAAAGUAUUUAACCCACUUCACUUUUUACAAACUUUAUCAUGAUCUACAUUGGAUUUUAAAUGGAUAAAAUUGCCAUCUUUGCCCAUCAACAUUCAGUAAAUAACCCAUAAUGACAAAGUUAAAACAUGUUUUUAGAAUUUUUUGAAACAAAUUUAUUAAAAAUCAAGAACUGAAAUCUCUCAUUUACAGAAGAAUUCAGACCCUUAAUUCAGUUCUUUGUAGAGGUUUGGGUAAGUCUACAGCUUUGCACACCUGGACUUGGUCAGUUUAUUUUACUCUUACUGACAGAGCCUCUCAAUCGUAAUCAGAUUGAAUGGGAAGUAUCUGUGAACAACUGCUUUAGAAAAUCUGAGACUCAAACCACUCCAGUGUUGUUUUGUCUUUGGUUCAUUAUUUUGCUGAAAGGUGAACUAUCACCCCAGUCUCAGGUCACCUGCACUCUGGAGCAUGUUUUCUUCAAGGACCUCUCUGUAUUUGGCCGAAUACAUCCUUCCCUCAAUUUGGUCCAGUCUCUCUGUCCCUGUUGCUGACAGACCCCUCCACAGCAUGAUGCUUUCACCACCAUGCUUCACUGUGGGAAUGGUUUUAGCUGGGUGAUGAGCUGUGCCUGGUGUGUUUGGAGUUCUGUCCAAAGGGUUGAAAUAUUGUCUCAUCAGUCCAGAGAAUCUUUUUCCUCAUCUCUCAGAGUCCUUUCCAUGUCAUUUGGCAAAUUUCAAUCAGGCUGUCAUGUGCCUGAAAGUGCUGCUGAGAUGGUCAUCCUUCAGACAGGUUCUCCUGUCUUUGCUCCUGGGAACACACAAAGCUUUAGAAAUUGUUCCAUACCCUUGCCCUGCUCUGUGCCUCACCACAAUUUUGUCACUGAUAUCUACAGAGAGCUCCUUGGACGUCAUGGCUUGGUUUUUGUCCCGGCAUUCAGUAUGGUGAACUGUGAGACUUAAUAUACCCAAGAAAACCUACAACACAAUAUAGAGUGCAAGAAGUGAAGGGGUCGGAAUACUUUGUGAAGUCACUGUAGUUGUUACAGUGAAUAUGAUUUUUCUCAUAUAUCAUGUAUAUACACCCAGGUUUGCACUUGUUUUCCACAACUAUAAUCAUGUUUUUGCUGUGCCUGUUUUUUUUUUUUUGUAUUUGACAUGUUUCUAAUAAUGACUUUUGCUAUUAUAGUGGUUUAUGUAUAUUAACUGUAUUAACUAUGUUAAAGCUGUGCUGCAUCAAUAAAAGCAAACAGAGUUGGAGAGUUACAGUGAAAGAGUAUAAAAUCAAGAUGUGAAGCAAAGAAAUAAUUCAGGCAAAACACUUAAGUCAUGCUUAUAUAAGCUGACUGACAUCAGCUGUUUCAUUUAUAACUCUAGGAUCCCAUGAUGAUCAAAUUCCAUGAAAUAGUACUGAGAAUAUUACCUUUGUUUCCUCAGUAGCAGCUAUGGCCCUGAUUAAAAUGUACACUUUUCACUUUGCUGCUUCUCAUCCCACCACUAUUAGUUGCCACAGCUUGUCCAGAAAAUUGAAUCUCUUACUGAAGCACAUGCAGGUUGAUCUGUAGAGCAAAAAGAGAGAAACACUAGAGGAGAGUAAUGUUAGCAGUUAUUCCAUCAAAUGACUAAAGAAUUCUACUUAAUGAUUUAGAUUUAGAUUUGGCAUAUACACCUUCCACCAUAUUCAAUUAAGACAUUACAUAAGACGAGAAACUGGAAGUGGAACUGAUGUACUAUUACUGACAAGAAGGAAACAAUGAAUAAAUACAAACAUGGA